AAUCCCUAAAGCCCCGCGUGCUCCGGCAUCCUCAUUUACACUCAUGACGCAUGUGAAACGAAAAGUAUGGUCGUUUAUUAAUUCUCGUGAUUCUAAAUUACAUCGCAAUGAGGGCUUAUCGCUCGAUUGAGGAGAGAUUAGAUUAAUUUCAGGUUUGAUGUGUGUAAAAAUGUUGCUCAGGGGAUUUGAAUUUUCAUAAUCAGUGAUAGACGGAACGAUUGCAGAAUGUGGGGUACCAAUUGAGUGUAUCAUGAUGAAACGACGAUAAGUGAUGAUUAAUCAGGUGGAGAGGGAUGAGUGAGUCUAUUUAUUGUUCUAUUGUAUUCGAAAUUUUCAAACAAGAGAGCAGGAAUACUCGGCUUUCGUGGAAUUUCCCCAAUCGAUGGAUGACAGAGCAAAAUUAGCUUGUUGUCAUCAGUUGCGCACAUCCCCCGUGAACAAUCAAUGAUCGACGCAUGGAUGAGCGAUGUGAUACGCUAUUUGUAGAGCACGAUGGGGAUUUUAUGAGAUCGCUCAUGUUUGGAUGAGAGUGCCUUAUUGAAGAUUUCAGUUAAUGAGAGGCAGAGAAAAUCCAUGGGCUUCUGAAAAUAGUCGAAAGUAAUUUUCCAAGGAUUUAUCAUCAAAUGUUGACACUCAUAUUCUUAUCAAAUGGGAUAAUUAAUUCAUCCGAUUUUUUCACUUAAUGCGGGACUAAUUCAAUAAACUAUCGCGUUAAGAGCCAUCGAGCACUUGACAUUAACCGAUGAUUCCAGUCAAAUGAUCUUUCCCUGAAGUUGAGGAAAACACUGGUUUCCGGUGAAAUAUGCUAAACAGGCUUGUCUCAAUGUUGCGCAAGAAAAUUAAAAAUAUUUCACCGGCAGGAGCGCUAUUUUUCAAUUGCUAUCUCAGGUACUAUCUUUGUGAAGCCAAGAGGGAUACGGGGGAUUCCCCGGAUAAUUCAACUGUCUGUCGGUAAAAAAUAAUCUCCGAUUAUGAAAAAAUGUUCAAGGCAAUAUUCGGUUCCAAUUGAAGUAUAUCUUAUGGUAUAGAUAUGUAUUACAUAUUCAUCGUUCUAUAAAAUACCUUGGCGGGGUGUUGAUAAAUAUCUAAUCUAUCAUCUGGAAUUUCCGAUGGACUUAUCAUCCGUUGGAUUGGCGGACAAUCUAAUUGAGGAAUUCGGGAAAAGUGGCAUUCCAUGGAAGUCGAGGAUGCAGAUCAAUCAGAACCGAGACGUCUGGAAAGUGGCAGAACGUCUCGAAGGAAUCUUCCUAACGAGUACUUUCGCGUGGUGAAGGCCGAGGCCCCACGAAGGAGACCGGCAAUGCACGAUGAGGUCGUCGGCCGCGACCGUGAUUCAAGUCAGAUCAUCGCCGUUCAAAUUGCGUUGUAAUAACUGAUUGAUUCUCUUUGUCCAUGAACGCUAGGUUCCCAUGACUGAUUAUUGAUCGUUUUAUCAUCCGGAUGAUACCGUGGACACAAGCUGAAAUAGCCAGUGGAUAAAAGCAGGUCCCUCGUUCCAGCUGGCAACACGAAUUUUUUUAAUCACUUUUAUUGCAGUUUUCCUAUUUGCCGAACCACUUCCUGGUUUAAUGUCACCCGCAAUUUUAAUUACAAGGACGGAAUUCAGCUGGAGGGAGUUGGUGGGUUAAAGAGGUGAUGAAUAUUUGGGAAUGAUACGUGUCAGAGGGAAGAUUCUGGUAGCAGGGAGAAGCCGCAAGAAAUUCCUAGUGAGCAUUCUACUCCAGAUAGGGAACACCGGGAGGGGAAAUUCGUGUACCCGCGAUGCACAGAGGUAGGGGAAACCGAGGAUUGGCUCGUGUUCUCGAGGUGUCGAGUGUCUAAAGUGUCGCGACUGGUCUCGAACUCCUACCAGUGACUGAGUGACCACUGAACAAGACUGGUUGCAAUAACCAAGUGACCGGAAUUCAUUUGUUUACAUUGUGGAAAUUCUAAUUUUCACCGAUUUUUCACCAGUGGAACAAUGGGCGCCGAGAAUGGUCUAACAAAGACUCACGACAUGAUGAAGAAGAAUAUCGAAGUGUUCGAAACGGAAGUGCCUAAACCCAAGGCACUGGUUGGGUCACGUCACAUAGUGACGUUUAUGCUGUUUUUGGGAAUGGCCAACGCUUAUGUAAUGAGAACAAACAUGUCAGUGGCUAUCGUUGCCAUGGUUAACCACACCGCAAUCAUCGAACAUCACGACGAAGUUUUCAAGGAGUGCGGGGAUGCUUCAGAUUCCAUCGAAAAUCCACAUGACCCGUCUUCUGAUGGUGAAUACCCUUGGGAUGCGACGAAACAAGGCUAUCUUCUCAGCUCAUUCUUCUACGGCUACGUAAUAACGCAGAUACCGUUCGGAAUACUUGCCAAACGUUUCGGAUCCAAGUACUUCCUCGGUGUUGGCAUGCUGAUAAAUUCACUGUUUGGACUGCUUGUACCAAUAUCCGCUAAGUGGGGAUUUGGAUGGCUCGUUGGGGUACGAUUUAUCCAGGGUCUGGGAGAGGGUCCAAUCGUGCCAUGCACGCACGCUAUGCUGGCAAAGUGGAUACCACCGAAUGAGAGGAGUAGGAUGGGUGCCUUCGUUUACGCUGGUGCGCAAUUUGGAACUGUAAUUUCGAUGCCUCUGAGUGGAUUGUUGUCCAAGUAUGGAUUCGCUGGUGGCUGGCCCUCUAUCUUCUACGUCUUUGGGGCUGUUGGUGCUGUCUGGUGCGUUGCUUUUCUCAUCUGGGUCCAUGAAGAUCCCGAACAGCAUCCCAGAAUCUCUGAGGACGAGAAGAAGUACAUUCUCAGUGCACUCUGGGGAAGUGCUGGGUCCUCUUCUCCACCAGUCCCCUGGAAAUCCAUCAUGACUUCCCUUCCAUUUUGGGCUAUUCUUAUGGCUCACAUGGGACAAAAUUAUGGGUACGAAACCCUUAUGACGGAGCUGCCAACAUUCAUGAAGCAGAUCCUCCACUUCAACAUAAAAUUGAAUGGAGUGGUUUCUGCUCUCCCUUAUCUUGCCAUGUGGAUCUUCUCGAUGCUGGUAUCUCAUGUCGCCGAUUGGAUGAUAUCGAGUGGAAGGUUUACUCAUGGAAAAACGAGGAAAAUCAUCAAUAGUAUCGGUCAGUAUGGGCCAGCUCUUGCCCUCAUCGCUGCUUCAUUCACUGGAUGUGAUAAGUGGUUGACCGUUGCUCUACUCACCAUUGGGGUCGGCUUCAAUGGUGGCAUUUACUCCGGAUUCAAGGUCAACCAUCUGGACAUCUCACCGAGAUUCGCUGGAAUUUUGAUGUCGUUCACCAACUGUCUUGCCAAUCUUGCCGGUCUUCUUGCGCCUAUCACUGCUGGGUACAUCAUUGUGGGAACGCCAUCCCAAGCAAAAUGGAGGACGGUCUUCAUGAUCUCAGCAGGUGUCUACAUAGUCUGUGCAACUUUCUACAUAAUCUUUGGCUCAGGAGAGCGACAACCCUGGGACAAUCCAGACAAGGACGACGAAACCAAGAGGAAGCAGCAAAACGACGUAGAGUCUAACAAAACGAUCAAUGAGACACAGCAUUGACCAAUCGCACAAAACAAAUCGUUAUAACCAUUUCUACUGUACAAAAAUAUUUGUACAACAGGCUGUGUGCGAUAAUGUGUCGGCAACUCUUCUUUAUUUCAAUUUCGUUACGAUAAAACAUUCAUUCCCUCCGCGCACUCUUUGUUUUUCGUCUUCUCAUCGUUCGUCUUCCUAAGUUACAAAUUAAAGAGAAAAAAAAUGUGCGAACGUCGAUUUUGAUAGAUUGUCCUGGAUUUAGUGAUUAAAGUUGAUUAGAGAGAUAAAAUUGAAUGGAUUGACAUGAAGGAAUUGUUUCCGAGGUGAUUUGAUGUAAAUAUAAACAUUCAGAAGGAAAUCCAGUACUCAAAAUCAUUGGGCAUCAGAUCAUUGAGAUUACGAAUCGACGUUUGGGGCAGCAGUAUUAGAGUAGAACGCCACACGUUCGCCAAUCUUCGGUUACAUUGUUUUGUUUUUUUUUACAAUCAACUUCUGCCAGUUUUGUAUUGUUAAAUAAUUCGAGAUUUCGUGGACUACGACAUCCAGCAACAAUAUGAAGUGGUUUUAUAAAUAAAUGUAGAUAUAAAUUCUCGUAGGAUCGUAAUAAGUUAUAGACUAGAUGAAUUAUUAACUGUAGUUAUUUAUACGAAUGGAUAAGAAGUGCAACAUUGGAAUUUGUUGGUUUAUCAUCGGUUCAGUUAGUGUACGAUAGAAUGCAUUUUUUCUUUCUUUAUCUUUUUUAAUUGCAUAAACGUUUUUAUCCGUUUUGUUUCUCUCCUCAAUGAGCACAAAUUGCUUACGAUGAUGACUAAUACAUUUUUGAUUUGUUUUUUUUUUUAUAUAUUGUAAAGUUUUUGAGAUGACUAUGCCGAGAGUGUGGAAUUGAACAAAUUGAAGGUUUUUGUAUGCAAUUAUGCAUAUUGUUCUUCCGAUUGUUUGCCAAUUUAUUAUUUAUGAGUAAUUGAUGGUGCGAGUGACUAACAUUUUCGGCUCGACAUCCAAUACAUAUCAAGUUUUUUGUGGAUUCAAUUCGAAGAGAAUAAAUAUGUGGAUGAAAAUGGGAAAAAUGAUACUUUUGACUUUUUCAGAAUAUUUGUAAAUUAGAAAUAAAUUUCGUGAAAUCAAA